CCUCGCAAUGUUGUUGGGAACCUGAUGGGAUAAGAUUCGAUCGCGAGAGAACGUUUAAAUGAAAAAUGGACGAAUCUACCGUGGAUUCGAUCUUCGCGGGCUCUUUGAAGUCCCUGCCCGCGGUCAGCUCUAAAAUCGUCAGGAUAUUUACCAGCUCCACGUUCACCGAUACCGCGAUGGAACGUAACACUCUGAUGGCUCAGUGCUACCCUAAAAUCAAGGACUAUUGUAGAGAGAAACACGGAUUGGAGUUUCAGGUAGUUGACAUGAGAUGGGGUGUAAGGGACGAAGCGACCGACGAUCACAUGACCACAGAACUUUGCAUGAGGGAAAUAGAGAAUUGUCAGAGGCUCUCUAUGGGACCGAAUUUCGUGGUUUUUCUUGGACAAAAAUAUGGCUAUCGUCCUAUACCGACGUACGUGCUCAGUUCAGAAUUGGAAAUGUUGCGAACAGAAUUGGACGGUCAGGGAAUGGACGUUAGUCUUUUGGAUAGAUGGUACAAAAAGGACAGCAACGCUGUGCCACCGACCAGUAUCCUGCAACCUAUAUCGUCCAUCUUAAAGAACUUUAACAAUAAAAGGAUACCGAAGCUGCAGCAGGAGGACCAGGCCAUUUGGUGGGACACCAUGCUAAAGAUGCAGAAGCUGUUCCGAAAAGGAGCACAGUCUCUGUUCAACAAUGGGAAAUUCGACAAAGACACGAUGCACAAUUAUUUCAUGUCCGUAACCGAGCGAGAAGUAAUCAACGGCGUCCUGAACGUUAAGAACACUAAAAACCACUGUCUAGCCUACGUGAGAUACAUAAACAACAUAAAUCUUCAGAACUUGAGAAAAGCGAGUCUCUUUUUGGAUAUAGCGAACAGAAGUUUGGACAACGAAGCUUCGAAGCUCUUGGCAAACCUGAGGGACGAGAGACUGCCUGAUAAAAUCGAAACUACGAAUCUACAAAGAUACACGGUGGAAUGGAUCGGAAGAGAAGGUCUGGACACAGAGACGCACAGUGAAUACCUCCAGCAUUUCAUAACUCAUUUUUAUCGGAACAUAGUGAAGCUGGUGGACCGUGCCAUGAGAAAAGAAGACAGUUCCGCUCAAGGACAAAUAAUAACAGAGAUGUUGCAGCAUCUUCACGCUUGCAACAACUCUGUCAGGGUGUUUUACGGCCGAGAGGACACCUUGAUGAGGAUCAAAGAGUACAUGCUAGGAGACAGCGACAAGCCCCUGGUUUUAUACGGAGAGGGUGGAUGUGGCAAGACGUCGUUAUUAGCAAAGAGCGCAGGGCUGACAAGCGGUACGUGGCUCACUGGGAAAAAGCCAAUCAACAUAAUCCGGUUUCUUGGCACUACCCCUGACAGCAGUGCCCUGACACCUACGCUGAUCUCGAUUUGUCAACAGAUCUCCUACAACUUCAUGCUACCUUUCGACGAGAUCCCAGACGAUAUAGUCCCGCUGACCGCGUACUUCAAAUACUUGCUGACUCUGGCAACGAACGAGCAACCGAUUCUCUUAUUUCUGGACAGCGUGGACCAAUUAACAGGUGUUCAAGGGAAUAAAUUGUCCUGGCUACCAACUAGACUCCCCACCAACUGCAAGAUGAUGCUGUCUUGUGCUGCCGAAGAAUCUAAUCCCGUGAUCUCUCGGGACUAUCAGCUUCUGCGAAGGAUGAUAGACACGGAAGAGAAUUUCAUCGAAGUGAUAGCCCUCGGAGAGGACCUAGCUAUGGACGUGAUAAGGAUGUGGAUGAAGACAGCGCACAGGGAUUUGAACAACUAUCAGUGGCGUCUGGUAGCGAACGCUAUAUCCAAGUGCUCGCUGCCAAUUUUCGUGAAGUUGGUCUUCGCGGAGAUCUGCAGAUGGAGGAGCUACACGAAGCCGGCCGACACCCACUUGACCAGCACGGUGAUGGACAGCAUCAUGAUGCUGUUCGAGAGGAUAGAGAAACAGCAUGGCAAGAUCUUGGUUUUCCAUGCAUUGGCUUACAUCACUGCGGCGAAAUCGGGACUAUCCGAGUCCGAGUUAGAGGAUCUGAUCUCUCUGGACGAUAAAGUGUUGGACGAUGUCUAUCAAUACCACUUGCCACCUGUUAGGAGAAUCCCUCCGUUGCUUUGGACCAGGAUAAGGAACGAUUUGCCUAAUUAUUUGAGCGAGAGGGAAGCCGAUGGCGUCAGUGUCCUUAAUUGGUAUCAUAGGCAGUUCAGGGACGCCGCGAAAGAAAGGUACUUCAAGAACAUGAACAUGGCGAUGUACUUUCAUUCGAUGAUCGCCGACUAUUACUUGGGCAUUUGGGGAGGAGGACGACCGAAGCCUUUCAAGUACACUGAGAUUCAAAGACAUCGGUUCAACUUAGCGGACAAAGAAGGUGUGGCGGACAGGAAGGUCCCGGAACAACCCCUAGCAUUCUACUCAAAAGAGGGGACAAUUACGAGAUACAAUUUAAGAAAGUUCGGAGAGCUGCCGUUCCACCUAGUCAGAUCGCGUCGGUUCAACGAUCUCUUCGAAAACGUGUUAUUCAACUACGAAUGGCUGCAUGCUAAGCUCAGUUCUUGUCCCCUGCAAGCUGUACUUUCAGACUUCGAGGACGCGUGCACCUUCAUCGAUAAUCAAAGCAUCGUCAGGGAGCUGAUGCUGGUAGCUGAUGCUCUGAGAUUAGGGGGUGCAAUUCUGGGCUCUCACCCCGAUAUGCUUGCACCCCAGUUGAUAGGCCGAUUACUACCGGAAAUUGGGGGCAAUGUUAAUGUGAAGAUGCUACUCAGGGCUUGUGACAACGAUGGUGCUAAAGACUGCGCCCUACUACCGGUUUAUCACUGUUUGCAUACACCUGGAGGACCUCUGAAAUAUUCACUGGAGGGUCACCAGUUCGCUGUCUUUGGCUUCUGUCUGACUUCUGACUACCGACACGUGGUCUCGAUAUCCAACAGGUUCAUCACCUGGGACUUGAGCACCAGCGACAUGACGAGGGAUGUCAAUCCCGGAGUCGAAGGGAUCAUGCAGAAUUUAGUUUUGAGUCCUGACAAUAGAUACGCAGCUGCGUUUACUACCAACAAUCAGAUCGUCGUAUUGAACACCUUAACGAGCGAAUUCGUCACCAUCGACAACCCCCUGUCGAACGAGGAUCCGGUAUACGGGGUGCAUUUGAUGAACCAGUUUUUCUUCGUCUACGGGAAAUUAGGCUGGUGCAGGUUCGAUCUGAGAGGGAACUUGCUGGAGACUCACACGAAUCCAGAAGAUUCUAACAAGUGGCCGAUUUUGCAUGUAGAGCACACGACCUUGAACGACUAUAGAAUAGUGUUCUGGUCUGGGAAUAUGGAGGACACUGGCAUGCUAUUGCAUACUUACAGGAAGAAAGGAUCUUUGGAUCCUCUGAAUUUCCACAGUGCCCUAACGAUGACCAACGAUAAAAAGGUCCUGUAUACUUGUACAGUUAACAGCGAUAAUCGAGUCACUAAGUAUACUUGCGAUGAAACGUCCUCGCAAUGGGAAAAAGUUUUCGAUAUGCCUAGAGCUUAUAACGACGACGUCGAGUACUUGUUGCAAUUAAAAUUAGACAGGGAAGAAGAAAUGCUACUGGCUACCACUGCCAAUGGUUUCAUCGUUUGGUUUUUGGAGAACAAAAGCGAUGCUUACGUUCUGAUGUUGCCGAACGGUGUUCGGAACAUCAGCACGAGAAUGACGUGGUCCAAUUCGAUAAUGGUCAGUGGCACGAAAAAUUAUGCCGUCGCCGGUGUGAGAAAAAAUUUGUACGUUUGGAGCUUAGAAACGACAGAAUUAGUGAAGAUAUUAGAUGCUCAUUUUGCCAGGAUCAUUCAGCUGGAGGCACUAACUGUUGGCAAUUGGAACAGUGUGGUCACUUCGAGCAUUGACAGAAGUGUUAAAGUAUGGAAUAUAAAUAACAUUUUUGAACAGGUUCACGUGAUAGACAGACACGAGCUGCAGGUCGAUAUGAUAAGUUUAGCAGAACAGUCUAAUCUGGCUGCGAUAGUCACCAGAGAUUGUGUGGGGAUCUGGGAUUUACACACUGGAAAGCUGAUCUCUAAAUUAGCUGAUAGUCCCUUGGGAGCAAUUGUUACUCAUGCUUGUAUGACACACGAUGGAAGGUAUGUCGUAUCAACAGAAUCAGGCAAUGUCCUGAUAUGGAACAGAAUUACAGAACAAGUGUUGUUUAAAGAAGAACAACAACAUGUGAGACAACUAACAUUAAUUGAGAACUCCAGCAAGUUCAUGGCUGUUUCCAGACCUAAAAAUCCUGCGGGGGUGGAAAGUAUGAAGACCAGUGCUACUCUUGUUAUGAGAUCAAUUCCUGAUGGUAGAACAAUAUUUUUAUUGCAAUAUAUAGUCAGAAGCCACACAGGUACACCCUUUAGAAAUGUAGUAAUUACAUCUGACAAUGCUUUCCUGAUUGCACCAGCAGCUGAUAAAGGCAACAGAGAUUGCAUUAUAAUUUAUAAUGCAAAAACGGGUGCACUGAUCAACAAAAUCCCUAUAAAAUUGCCUGGAUUUAAAGAUAUACUGUCUAUUACUCCAAUGCCCAAUAAACCACAGUGGGUGGGCAUUAUUGGAGCAGACAAGGGCACUAUUUUGGAUAUAAAUAAGAAGAAAUUUAUCCGUACUAUUCCAAAGUGGAGUGGGAACAUCAGCAGAGAUGGAAAAUACACUUUAUACGCACCCAGCAGAGGAGGGCUAGAACUUCUUGAGUUAAAGAAAGGUACCAGUGUUAAGACUUAUAUCCCCAAAGUAGCAGAAGGGGUGUUCACUGUAAUAUCUAUGUUCAACCGUACAGAUGAAUAUGUUCUCUAUUACCACAGUGGUAGAAAAACUAUACGUGUAUUUAGAUCAUCAGACUGUGAGUUGAUAGCAAAUUAUAGGGUUCAAGCAGAGUUAAGUGCAAUAGAUAGCACUUAUGAUGGUAAAAGUAUAGUCCUAGGUACAGUUGACGGUUGUGUGUCUGUGGUAGCUAUAGUAGAUCCCAUGAAAGAAGAAAUGAAAGAAUAUGUUUCAAACUUACCAUCUCGUGAUGAGGAUUGGAAGAAAAAGAUGGAGAAACAACGAGCUGCAAUUAAAUUCAAAGCUGCGGCACGAAUUGCAAGGGUAACUCACGAUUUAAAUGCGAUCGUGCGAAGUGCAAAUGUUGCGGAAACGAUUGAGGAAUUAGAAGAGAAUUCUGAAUAAAGAUCGCAUCGUUUUUAUAGUAAAUCUUUUAUAGUAUAGUAAAAACGUAAUAAAUACGAAAGGGAA